GAUGUCUGGAACUCUUGCAUGCCUAGAACAUUUAACUUUUCCUCACUCGAUGCAAACCGCACUACAGCAUAUGGAAGAGUGGCUUUCUAACGGUCGUGUCCCAGGUAUCAACAUUUCAUCUGAAGAAUUUAUGAAACAAAUCUGUGAUGAUUACGUUUUUUCGACGAAGUCAAAGAAAAAUCCGAAAAGCCAGUUAACAGGGUUACAGGAGCUGUUUCUAGUUACUAAACUAGCCAAAGCAUUUUCAAAAAGAGGAUCUCAUGAGAGUAUACGUCAAGAACUCUUUUGGACUCUUUUCCCUCCCAGUCACAUGACCCCUCAGAGGCAACAGGUUUUAACGAAAGUAAUUGGAAUUGGCAUUGCAGAAAAAGUUGUUGAGGUUCUUGAAUUCGGUGCUCGAUUCAUCAACGCUUCCGGCCCAACCUCGCCGUCAUCACAAUAUAUAAUACAGCAUACAAUCGAUGAUUACGUAAAUUUGUUCCCUAAUAAUCCCUCGUUGCAGAAUAUACAUUACGAAUCAGAGUUAUUUACUUGUUCCUUUCUAUGUACCUGCUCUCAAAUUCUUAAACCACCAAGAAAAAUAGAAAAAAAUUUUGACAUUGAAAAGAAAGAAUUAACUUUGGAUAUUCUUAAAAUUACAUCUAAUUGGUUGUACUCAAAGCCAACUAUUGGAAUAGCUAGCUUGCCAAAGCAAGAGGGAGCUUUACUGCCCCCUGAUCCUAAUUGCAAGUCUCCGACCCCUGUUGUUGGAUUAAUUAUGUGGAUAUGCAAAGCUGCUUUAAUUUGCUAUCCACAACAACUUUCGAAUGAAUGGAAAAAGUAUUAUUCAAGAUUACGUAAGGGUAUAUGUGGCUGCCUUUGGGAAUUUAAAAAAUUAAAAGGAUCAGAACAAGCUCCUCUGAUUGCAAAUACAGAUGUCAUUCAUAUGGCUAAAGAUCUUAGUAAAAUGUGUAAUGAGCUACAAUUGCGGAACGAAUGCAUUGUAAUUGAGACCGUGGAUGUAUUUUUGGAUUUUCUAGAUGUUGCAAUAGGAUCGUUAACAGUUCGAGCUUCGCCGAAUGAGAUUCGAGAAGUGCUUCAAAGUUUGCCCUCGACAAUAUCAGUAAAAAAGUCAAGUAUCAAACUAUUACCGAAAGAUAUGUACUUUAAAUCGGCUGGCCUUGGUGAUGAUAGCGAAGAAGAAUUGGAAGAGCAAAUGGAUUAUUAUUGA